AUGUGGUCCCCUGAAGCACCUUUGUCAUUCAACCCAUCUUGUUUUCAUCAUAGGACCGGGCUGUUUUGUCUACCGGACGUCACCGGACGUCUAGCGGAUCUCACAACCAAACCAGACAUAUUCAAGUUGGGUUGUGAAAUCCCUCAAGUUCUGAGCGAGGACCCCGUUUUGAUCGAUCCGAUUGAGGCGUUGCUCAUGCCAAAGGACGAAAACACACUUCCUGAGGACGAUGCAGCCAGCAUACCAGCCCCGUGCCCUGUGCCCACGCCGGUACUGGCUGGAAAGACUCCUUACCCUCCUUAUUUUGAAGGAGCCCCUUUCCCGCAGCCCCUGUGGGUGCGCCACAGCUACAGCCAAUGGGUGCCCCAGCCUCCCCCGAGAUCGAUCAAGAGGAAGAAGAGGCGGACCCGAGAGCCCGGCCGCAUGACCAUGAGCACGAUACGUCUACGGCCGCGUCAGGUGCUGUGCGAGAAGUGUAAAAACACGCUGAACAGUGACGAGGACAGCAAGGACGGCACCGGCAGCAGUACCAAGGGCUCCAGGAAGGAAAACACUCUGCAGAGCGACGACGACGGCAGGGGGCCCCCCACCAAGAUGGUGAGGAAAGAGGACAUCGGCAAGGACGCAAAGAGACGAGAGAACGGGCCCGGCAUCGACAACAGGCGCCUCAGGAGGGACAAGAGGGUGGAGGUAGACGUGGAGAAGGUUCCCGGUGUGGUCAUCCCGCACAGCCCCGUCAUCAAGAUCUCGUACAGCACUCCACAGGGCAAGGGGGAGGUCAUGAAGAUCCCCUCGCGGGUCCACGGCUCGGUCAAGCCGUUCUGCCCGAAGCAGUUGGUGCACAACGGCCUCGGGGAGGACGUCAAGCCGGCCUCCGAUCCCACCAGGGAUCAGCGCCACAUCCUGAACGCCACCAGGUCGGGCCUCACCGUGUCCAUUCCCAAACUCAAACUCACCAGGCCCUACACCACCGUGGGCCCAGAGCACCUGCCCUCUCCAAAGAUCCUCCUGAGGCACCCACCGAGGGAAGAGGACGAGAGCACAGUGGAGUACGAGGCGGAGCUCGUCGGGGGAAACCGGAUGCACAGCCCGCGGGCGCCUGCCCCCUGCCUCCCCGACUCUGAAGACUCCCGGGAGGACAAGAACUCUCUGGCGAUGUGGUCGGGGAGUUCCGGAGAGGAGGCCGGACGGGGUCACGGCGACCUCACCCUCCUCAUUAACUUCCGCAAGCGCAAGGCGGACUCGUCCAGCCUGUCCGUGUGCAGCAGCGACAGCCUGGACGAGUCCAAGUCCUUCAGCUCCGAGGGCACCUCGCCGGAGCUCUGCGACCUGGCGCCGGGCGAGGACCUGUCGGUGACCUCGUCCUCCGUGCCGUCGCUGGACGGCUGCAAGACGGUGCCGCCCAUCACGGUGCGGCUGCACACCCGCAGCAUGACCAAGUGCAUCACGGAGGAGGGCCACGCCGUGGCGGUGGGGGACAUUGUGUGGGGGAAGAUCCACGGGUUCCCCUGGUGGCCGGCCCGGGUGCUCAACAUCAGCGGCAGCCACAAGGCGGAGACGGCCAGCUGCGAGGCCAGGUGGCCCGAGGCCAAGGUGGCGUGGUUCGGCUCGCCCACCACCUCGCAGCUGUCCGUCGCCAAGCUUUCGCCGUUCAGGGAGCUCUUCCGGUCCCGGUUCAACCGCAAGAAGAAGGGCAUGUACCGGAGAGCCAUCCUGGAGGCGGCCAAGGCUGUGGGCCACGUGGACCAAGAGAUCACAUCACUGCUCUCCCACUGUGAAACGGGCUAGGAGCAGAGGAUCUGUCUCUUGAGGUUUUCCUGAACUCUGUCAUCAAAACCCAGGAGGGUAGUACGUGCCGUUGCCACGGCUACUAUUUAUAGGCCUUCCCUUUUUUUUUCUCUUUUUUUCUCUUUUCCUUUUUUUUCUCCCACCAAGCUGGAAGAAAAUGGCCACCAAGGUGGAGCGUUGUUGAGACUGAAUACGGGAGCAAAGAGGACCGGUCGGAGGCCCGCUGCUCUUCUCUGAACUAUUCCACUUUUUUUUUCUAUGUUCUAGAGUUAAGAGGAAUAGCGACACUACAAGAACAUGAAUGUAUUUAUUACUUGUUUAUUAUCAUUGUUGUUAUUGUUAUUAUUAAUAUUAUUAUUAUUAUUACUACUACUACCAUCCAUUAGGUCCACCAUUCUUCCAUGGUCAUAAACAGAACCUAUGAGUUGCUGCUGCUGCUGUCCCAAACCAUCCUGAACAAUCGCUGUGUCCGACUCAAGUCCAAAGUCCGAAAGAAAGACGCAAACACAGUCCGAUGUGCUACGCUAAUGUUGCCUGAAAUUGCAGUUCUCUGGACCAUAGACACCCUAUCCCUCCCCCCUAUCUCCUCACCCAAGGACUGUUGAGGUAGGCUACAAUAUAUUAACAAAGGAAAGGUCUUGGUGAGAUCCAGUUUGCAAACGGCCAACGUUUCCACCCCAGCCUCCUCCUGUCCUCUGGGUGUGUCUCUCAGACGGUAUUAGUGGUAUCAUGUUUGUGAUGUGUUUUAAAGGGGCGAUACCAGUGCCCAAGGUCAACAGAAGGUUCCUCUGUGCCCUCCUCCACUCCUUCCCAUCCAUCCCCCCCCUUCACACCUUUUUUGUUUUAUAUAAAGUUUAUUUUCUGCACCACUUAAAUUAUUGAAUGCAUCAUGUCGAGAACAAAGCACUUUAUCUGUACCAUGGUGGCCUGCUGUGAGCUCUGUGUCACUGACACUAGCGUAAUAUACAGCCCUGGUAGACAUGUGGG